CGAAAUUAAUAAAGGGAUUCUAAACUAAUUAGUUUUCGAGUUCCAUCAAUUUGUUGCAUAGAUGCAAGACAAUUAAACGUUAUUCACAAUUUAUGUAUGUGUGUGUACACGUGUCAGCCUUCUAACGAUCUAACGAAACAUCGAUAUGUUUCCAUCAUGCAAACUGUAAUCAAAGAAGUUGUAGCCGUUAACGAAGGAUUUUCUUUCGUGGAGUUACUCAUAACAAGAACACGAAGAGAAACAUAGUGGUCCAUUGGUUCGCAGCCGACGAAAGCGGCGGAGUUUCUUGAGCUUUCGAGCCAAUGAGAAUACGUUCGUCUUCUAAAAAUACAUUUUGAAUCAGUAGGAGGAGAUGAAACGACACCUCCUUCGCAAGAGACAAGAAACAUUCUUAUAAGUAAGUAUAUAUCUCUUCCAGUAGAGAUGAGUAGAACGUCGCGGCAACUCAGUCAACGCAUCCGAGAAGAGAGUUAAACAAUAAGUUCGAUACAAUAAGUUUGAUUAGAACUUGAAUAAAGGAAUCUCGCGCGUCUUCCUGAUUGACAAUCGUAUCGCAGUAAAACAGUGGAAAGGAGAUGUCUACGAAAAACUGAAUUUUUCGCGCAAAAUCGGUGUACGAUUCCAGUUCGCUAUGCUACUUAAAGAUCGAAAAGAAAGGAUCGAUCGUGUGCGUACAACAAGGAACAAAAUCUAUAUACACAAUAUUUCAAGUAAAACUUACUUGAACGCGUUGGUUUUCUAAAUCUGAACGAAUUUUUCGCGACUUCCUAGACGUACCGAUUAUCAUGCUGCGAUAUGUGAUUGCGCACGUUGUGAAACAAGCGUGUUUAACAUCGAUUACGCAUUGAACAAUCUGGAACGGUCUACGUAAUUAUUAGCAACUUAAAGUUGAAUUAAAACUCGCAUACUCUAGCAUUUACAUGUCAUUCAAAGUAAUAUAAAAGGAUGAAAACUGACGGAAUAUCCGGUACGUCCAAUCGUUUGAAUCAAAACAUGGAGCAACGUUUGAGGAGUCCGAAGUGCGCGAGAUGUCGAAACCACGGUGUGAUAUCCGGUCUGAAAGGUCACAAGAGAUCCUGCGCAUGGAAGGACUGCCGAUGUCCUUGUUGUCUACUGGUCGUCGAAAGACAGCGGGUGAUGGCAGCGCAAGUUGCUUUACGCAGGCAACAGCAAGCACAAGGUGACAGCCUCCUGUCUUCAGCAAAUAAAGCACCAGCGGACACCGUAAAUCCUUAUUACGUUAAAACGAAAUACGACGAACCGGACACUGUCUGCGGCAGAAAAUCCAAGAAUUUUCAAAGGCAUCAUUUACAUUUCACGCAAACAAGUAUCAGCGUGACGCAGGGUUUUUACGGAUUAAAUGCCGUACAUAAUUUGCCAGGCACAUUAUCACCACAUCCGCGUUUGUUGAGCACUCUAUCUUCUCUUGGAUGCAAUCAAAAACAAGAAGCUGAGCCCUCGCUGAAAGUACAAUCCUUCCAUUCUGCCUAUCCGACAAUUCCAUGGUUCAACGAAGUAACGCAAUCGUAUUUGGCGAAUGGAGACUUGAACAAUUUUAUUUCCACGAGGGAUUUACGGAACUGUCCUACUACAAACAAUGAAUCUUGUUUAGAAAAAAAAGCACCGAUUUCCUUCAGCGUGGAAUCCAUUAUUGGUACGAAAUAAAAUCCCAAUAUAUUAAGA